CGUACGUGAACGUGCACAGAGAGAUCUCAGGACACCUGGAGCAGGAACCACUGUUGCAUUUGUCUCCUGGGCUAACUGGGCAGGUCCUGCGGAGCCUAGCUCAGCUCGCGGGGGCGGGACCGAGCGGCUCCCUCCGCCCCACACAUUGCUGCUACAGGCUCAGCCCAGCCGCAUCCCAGAGCAGAGGCGGCAGCGAGCUCCAGCCGCGUCGCAGCUCGGUGCCGCAGAGAAGGCAGACAGAGGCAGGCGCCACCGCGAGGGACCUGGCCCGGCGCCGCACGCAUCUCUUGCGCACAGCUGGGGUCAUGAUAUACUGGAAACCAUACAAGAUUAGUCUGGGGAGGCAGAAACCAUAAAGCUCCUGAGACCAGGUUCGGAGAGGAAAGGUGAAGGAAAGACCCCCUUUCGGCUUCACCUUUCACCUGUCUUAGAAACGACAGCACAUUUUAACCACAGAUUUCACCUGGGCCACAGGCCACCAUGGAUGUACACCCUGAUGCCCCUGGGGGUCAAAAGAAAACUAACGAGACCAGCAUGGGAGGCGGCAGCCCAGAAGCCCAGCAAGAUUCUGUGAUGAGGACAGAUUCGUCAGAGAUGACUGAUGUGGAAUCUGUGAUGACCAGUUUUGCGUCUUCAGCAAGGGCAGGCCGUCGCAAUGCCUUACCCGACAUCCAGAGUUCCCUGGCUGCAGGUGGAUCCUCUGACCUUCCACUGAAGCUGGAGGCGUUGGCCGUGAAGGAAGAUGCAAAAACGAAGAAUGAAGAGAAAGACCAAGGCCAGCCGGAAAAGGCCCUAAAUGAAGAAAAAUGAAGGCUUAGAAUUUAUCAAGGGUGUGAUUUUAUGCGCAAUGAGAGACAAAGAGCUAUGCAUUCCUGGGGUGUUUGAUCUGGUAGUAACCAUGGUAACCCAUGGUAGUGUGUAUGUGUGUGUGUGUGUGUGUGUGUGUGUGUGUGUGUGUGUGUGUUUUAGGUAAUCUUGUUGUGAUGGUCUGUCCUUAAACUGCAGCCAUGACACCAAAAUAGGUUACUAAAAGGUGUUACUUUCAAAUUGCACCCAAGGAAGGACACACUGUUUAUACCCCCAACAAAAUCCACUGUCUAUCUUGGGAUUUACUUGGUCAGAUAUAUGUUUAAUUCUGUCUUAGUGAGUUAGAACAUAUUCUUGGUAUGUAUAGACCAAAACCUAUUAAUUUAAUACUUUGUAGAAUUUGUAGGAAAUUAUAUUUUUUUGGUGAGAUGGAAUUAGUAGUAAAAAAAAAUCACACUUAUAAAAUGUGUUUAUUUUUAAUUAAAAUUGUACCGUAUUUCCCACAAAAUAUUAGGAGAGAUCUGAAAACAUUGUAAAAAUUGUAACAACUUAAACGUCUCUAGGAUGUUUUUGUCUAAUAUAUUUUGCAUUUAGUCUGAAUGUACUGUGAUUUUUCAUAUGGACCCACAUAACAUAAAAUUUGUGACAAACUUGCCUAUAUAAAACAUGUGUAUUGAAUAAAUCUCACUAUAUUCCUUAA